AUGGCUGUUGCAGCAGCAAUGCGCCAUUUCCCCCCGUGGCCAUCGACCACCUCAAGCCACAGCCGAGCGCAGGUACCACGCGAUGACCUCUUAGCCGACCCGGCUGCGGUUGCGAAUGGAUUCCGCGUUCUUCCUGAAAACAGCUCGAUCGAGAUAGAGGAGCACAACGUGGCAGCUUUCUCGUUACCACAGGAGGUGCUUUCCUUUCAGCCUGACGAUCAAGCCGUGUUCGCACGAUUUGCAAAUGGCGACUGCGAGAGGAAGCUGCACUGCAACAUUGAGUUGAAUCAUGACGAGUUGGAGGCGCUGCGUCUUCUACAGGAAGAGGCACGGGCGCAUCGUGUGGCACUCCCUGUUUCCAUAUCUGCCUCCGCUACGCGGUAUCUUGGCCAUUCUCACGGAGACCCCAAGAAGGCGCUGAAGAUGAUGGAGGCCACCACAGAGUGGCGCAGCUCCUUCUUCACUCGGCCGCUCUCUGAUGCGGACAUGGCAGAGGACCUGAAGCUGGGUCUGGCGUACUUCACCGGCCGAGACAAGGCCCUUCGUCCAGUGCUCGUUUUUCGAGCCGCGCGCAUACCAGCUGCGUGGCAUAGAGAGAGGCGCUACGAUCAAGUCAUUAGAGUCCUGGUCUUUUGCAUGGAGUAUUUCCUUCGGUAUAUGGCAGUCCCGGGGAAGAUCGAGAGCCUAAACGUGGUCAUAGAUCUGAAGGACUUGUCCCUCUCCCAGAUUCCUAUUGGAGUGCUUCGAGAAGUCCAUAGGAGCAUGGGAAUGUACUAUGUCGGUCGCAUUUUCCGGUUCUACAUCUGCAACAUGCCUCGGAUUUUGGGAACCUUGGUCCCGCUUGCGAAGAAGGUGCUCACCGAGCGCCAGCGACAAAAAUUGGUCUUCGUUUGCAGGCCAGAGGACAUCACGAAGGAUAUGGCAGAGAGGCAGAUCGAGGAAGACCUCGGCGGGUCACGGCCGCCGUUGAAGGAGUUCUUCCCUUUCCCUCUCCUGCCGGGCCCGUUCGAGCCCAACAUGCCUCCAUCACCGAGGUGCUUCCAAGAAGCAGUCCCAGGAGUCCACAAGGUGCUCACGGCAGAGGGCUCCAGGGGACGGCUCUGGAACUGGCGGGUGAAGCCCGAGGAAAACCAGAGGCUGGAAUUCUCCGAUUGCGCAGCUGACAUCUUUCGCAAGUGCGGCCUACCU